UGGGGUGGAGGGCAAUGCCAGCUGGCCAGCAGCAGUCAGGGUCGGCAUGGGGGAGCAGCCAGAUACUGGAGACGCCCUGCAGCCCAUGGCAGGCGGGGAGAGUUCAGGCAGCAAAUUAGGCAGGAGCAUGGAGAGGUCCUCCAGGUGGUGGGGCCAGGGGACCCCCACUCUACUCACCCAGCAAAGCCUUGAGGGGAAGGGGUUAACACCAGCACAGGAUCCCACUCUGGCCCCGCUCCCUUCCGAUGCAGCAGCCCUGCCCCUCCUGGCUUUUCCUCCCUCCCCGACAUUGUGUCCGGGCCUGGGUGCAGGCGUGGGGCACGGGCUCAACUGGGCUGUGGCGUCUCCAGAUGCUGGGAAGCACAGCUCCCCUGCGACCAGGGAACAUGGGCACGCUGCCGUGCAGGGUUCUGCUUGGCACCAGGGCCAGGAGGCAGCAGUCUGUGCCUGAGAGCACCCAGCGUCCUCAAGUGGGCAUCAUGGAGGCGCCUGGCAAAAUCCCAGCCAGCCCUACCCACAGAGUCCAGACCAUCAUCCAGAACAGCCCCCUGGACCUGAUUGACACAGGAAGGGGGCUGAAGGUCCAGACAGAGAAGCCGCACUUGGUGAGCCUGGGCAGCGGCCGGCUCAGCACUGCCAUCACCCUCCUGCCCCUGGAGGAAGGGAGGACCACCAUCGGCACGGCCGCGAGGGACAUCGUCCUGCAGGGCCCCGGCCUGGCACAACAGCACUGCUACAUCGAGAAUGUGCGGGGGACGAUCACCCUGCACCCCUGUGGCAACGCCUGCUCUAUCGAUGGUGUGCCCCUCCGGCGGCCCACGCGCCUCACCCAAGGGUGCACCAUCUGCCUGGGCCAGGCCACCUUUCUCCGCUUCAACCACCCUGCUGAGGCCAAGUGGAUGAAAAGCAUGAUCCCAGCGGAGGGCAGGAGCCCGGCGGCAAUCUGUGGGCUGACAGCAAAGCCUGAGGGCCUGGUGAAUGGUGGCCGCCAACUCGCCGAGUGCCCGCGUCCCAGCCACAGCUCCCUUGUCAGUUCCAUCGAGAAGGACCUGCAGGACAUCAUGGACUCGCUGGUGCUGGAGGAGUCGCCGUCCCCCAGUUGCAAGAAACCUCCUGCCUGUGGCCAGUCCCCUCUUUCCUCCAUGGUUAACGGGGGUGGGCGCUGCCUCCUGUCCCCCCCACCCAGUCCGAGUGCCACCUCAGGGGGCUCCAGCUAUGAGAACGCCUCCCCCCCAUUCUCCCCCCUCUCCUCCCCAGCCAGUAGCGGUGGAUACACCAGCCCCUCGCCCAGCAGCCAGGAGCAGGGUCCAGCCGCGCCUCCCCUGGUCCCACUCCGCUCCUCCAGCUACAACCAUGCCGUGAGCCCCCGCCCCAGCGCCCGCCCCCCCCCCCCCACUGGGGUUCCAGGUGGGCCUUGGCUAGCUGAGAGGCUUGGGGACCACCAGGCAGGCAGCCCCCGGCUGACACCCAGGGCAGCCCCACGGACACGGGCUGCCCUGCAGGAGCGGCCCCCCAGUCCCUUCCGGGAGCCACGGGAUGCCCCAGCUCCUGGCCGGCAGUCCACUGGCAGGGCCAUCCCAGAGACCCGGCUGCAGCCCCCUGAGAGCCCACGGGCAGCCCGGCGGAACGUGGAGAGCAUGCGGGAGCUGCCUCCUCUGAGCCCCUCCUUGUCGCGCCGGGCUGCCAGCCCCCGUGCAGCCCCUGAAGCCCCCUCCCCACAGCCCCGGCUGGGCAGGGAGGUGCCUGGCAGCCCCCGUGCUCGGCGCAAGGGCCCAGAGGAGCUGAGGGGAGCAGGGAGUCCUUCGCCCCCGCUGCUGGCAGGGAACCCCUUGUGUCGCCCCAGCUUCAGCACCUGCCCGACAUAUGGGCUGGGUUUCUCGGCCAUGCCCUCACCCCGACAGAGCCCUCAUGCUCCCAGGAAGGCCUUGGGGGACCCACGGCCACUGACAGGGCCACGGGAGCGCAAGAACAGCAUCACCGAGAUCAGCGACAACGAGGAUGAGCUGCUGGAAUACCACCGGCGGCAGCGGCAGGAGCGGGUGCGGGAACAGGAGAUGGAGCGCCUGGAGCGGCAGCGGCUGGAGACCAUCCUGAACCUCUGCGCCGAGUACACCAAGACAGAGGGAAGUGAGCCAGAUGAGCUGCAGCAGCUCCUGGCUGGUGAUGUGGAUGCUGGCCGGCAGGUGCCUGGCAGUGCCAUGGCUCUGGGCCAUACGGCCAAGGAGCUGCGGCAGAGGGAGAGCCUGGAGCGGUCGGAUGAGGAGAACCUGAAGGAGGAGUGCAGCAGCACUGAGAGCACCCACCACGAGCAUGAGGAGCUGGCAGGUCCGCGGGCCAAGGAGGCUCAGCGGCUGGAGGAGGAGCGUGCCGGGGUCCUCGGCCACCUUGACCAGUUGAAGGGUCGCCUCAAGGAGCUGGAGCAGCAGCUACAGGAGACGUCACGAGAGGCAGAGAUGGAGCGGGCGCUACUGCAGGGUGAGCGGGAGGCCGAGGUGCUGCGGCUGCGGCAGGAGCAGGAGGUGGCCCAGCAGCUGCAGGAGAAGCUCUCCAGCCUGGACACCAGCAUCCGGAAGGAGCGGGACAAGGAAAGGGCAAAGGUUGAUGCUGAAAGGAAGGAGUUAGAGCACCUGCGGGCGCUUUACCAUGAGUCGAAGACCCACCUUGAUAAGUGCCCCGAGUCACUGCGGGAGCAGUUGCGGGAGCAGAUGCGAAGGGAGGCAGAGGCACUGGAGACUGAGGCCAAGCUCUUUGAGGACCUGGAAUUCCAGCAGCUGGAGCGGGAGAGCCGCCUUGAGGAGGAGCGGGAGGCACGGGGCCAGCAACUGCUACAGAGCCGGGCCGAGUGCCAUCGCAGCAUUGCCCGCAGGAAGGAGCGGGUGGCAGCCCUGGAGGCACAGUCUGCCCAGGUCCGGCUGCAGAGCACACAGGAGGCUGAGCGCCUGGCUAGGGAGAGGCACAGCAUUCUGCAGCUCCUGCAGAAGGAGAAGGAGAAGCUCGUGUCUCUGGAGAGGCGAUACCAGCUCGUCACAGGCGGCAGGAGCUUCCCCAAGAUGUCCUCAGCUCUCAGAGAGGAGACCCUCCAUAUCUCAGAACCCUAUGAGAUGGCAGAGGGAACUCAGGCCCUGAGCCCCCUGUCAGCAGCAUCUGCCUCCUUUGCUUCUCCUGCUGCCCGCUCCUACCCCAAGGCACAAGAGUACGUGACUGUUGAGCAGCUCUCAGGCAUCCUGGGUGGCCUCUGCACCACUGCUGCUUCCCCGCUGUGCUGUGCUCCUCCAGCUCUUUCAUCCUCAGGCUGCACUGCUCCUCAUCCUCCUCCUCUUCCAUCUCACUCUUCUCCCUCCGUCUCUGCAGAGAUGGAGCAGCAGCUUCCAGGGGGCCCCGUCUGGCUCCCAGCACUUGAUUUAGAGAAGUGGUACCAGGAGGUCAUGGCUGGCUUUGAAAUCUCCUCUUCUGUCUCUCCUCCUUCUUCCCCUCCUCCGCUUCCAUCUAAAGCUCACUCCUCUCACAAACCUCUCCAGGUCUAUCGUGCCAAAACAGAGGGUGAUGCUGGUGCCCUCACCCCUCGGAUGAAGAGUGGGACUCCCUCAUCCUCGCAGCUCAACCUCUCUGUGCUGGGGCGCAGCCCCUCGCCCAAGGGCCCCCCGAGCCCAGCAGGCAGCCUGCCCCGCAACCUGGCGGCCACGCUGCAGGACAUCGAGACCAAGCGCCAGCUGGCCCUGCAGCAGAAGGCCGAGUCACUCCCAGCAGAGCCCUUGCAGCCAGGUGAUCCACCAGGUCAGCAGGUGAUCGAGGAGCAGCGGCGGCGGCUGGCGGAGCUGAAGCAGAAGGCAGCUGCCGAGGCUCAGUCCCAGUGGGAAGCCCUGCGCGGGCAGCCCCCCUUCCCCGGUGCCUUCCCCCCGCUUGUGCAUCACUCCAUUCUCCACCACCACCGUCCCCAUGGGCCCCGUGCCGAGGAGCUGGACCACGCGUACGACACUCUCAGCCUGGAGAGCUCAGACAGCUUGGAGACCAGCAUCUCCACUGGCAACAACUCUGCCUGCUCACCUGACACCAUCUCCAGUGCCAGUGGGAUGGAGGUGGGGAAGAUCGAGGAGAUGGAGAAGAUGCUGAAGGAGGCACAUGCGGAGAAGUCACGGCUGAUGGAGUCCCGGGAGCGGGAGAUGGAGCUGCGGCGGCAGGCGCUGGAGGACGAGCGCCGGCGCCGGGAGCAACUGGAACGCCGGCUGCAGGAUGAGACCGCACGGCGGCAGAAGCUGGUAGAGAAAGAGGUCAAGCUGCGGGAGAAGCACUUCUCACAGGCUCGUCCCCUGACACGGUACCUCCCCAUCCGCAAGGAGGAUUUCAACCUGCGGCUGCACAUCGAGUCCUCGGGCCACAGCGUGGACACCUGCUAUCAUGUCAUCCUGACAGAGAAGAUGUGCAAGGGCUACCUGGUUAAGAUGGGCGGCAAGAUCAAGUCUUGGAAAAAGCGCUGGUUUGUCUUCGACCGCAUGAAGCGCACCCUCUCCUACUAUGUGGAUAAACAUGAGACAAAGCUGAAGGGUGUUAUCUACUUCCAAGCUAUUGAGGAGGUUUACUACGACCACCUCCGUAGUGCGGCAAAGAGCCCCCACCCUGCGCUCACCUUCUGUGUCAAAACCCACGACCGCCUCUACUACAUGGUGGCCCCCUCAGCUGAGGCCAUGCGCAUCUGGAUGGACGUCAUCGUCACCGGGGCUGAGGGAUACACCCAGUUCAUGAACUGAGGGACGUGGGGGUGCUCACAGGGGGGCUGUGGUCCAUGCCAGGGUGGGGGAUCUGCCCUGUGCCCCCCACUCAGCCGAGGGAAUAAUUGUUUUGUUGUUUGUGUUUUUUAAAUAUUGACUUUGUAAAAACGAAAUUUUAUUGGAAAGGUGUCACAGCGCUGAACGGUAAAGAGCUGCCAACGA